CGGGUGAGGGUGGUCCCGGAUUCGUAACGUAACAAUUAAUCAGAUUUUAUAAUAGUUCAGUCAGUCUUUAUAAACCUAUUUCUGCCUAACAAAUCUGAGCUGAAGGUUCAUCUUAUUGUUAUAUUUUUCUCUUGUGAGGUUCUGACAUCGAUCCCUGCUAACACCAUGGCCCGUAAAUUUUUCGUCGGUGGCAACUGGAAAUGCAAUGGAACAUUGGAGGAAGUGAAGAAACUUGUGAGCACGCUAAAUGCAGCAGAAGUGCCAUCUGAAGAUGUUGUUGAGGUUGUUGUUAGUCCUCCAUUUGUGUUUCUUGCACUGGUGAAGAGCUUAUUACGCUCCGAUUUCGCUGUUUCUGCACAAAAUUGUUGGGUGAGGAAAGGUGGCGCUUUUACUGGCGAGAUCAGUGCAGAGAUGCUGGUCAACUUAAACAUUCCAUGGGUUAUUCUCGGCCAUUCAGAAAGAAGGCUUAUACUGAAAGAAGUGAAUGAGUUUGUUGCAGAUAAAGUAACCUAUGCCCUUGGUCAAGGUUUGAAGGUGAUAGCUUGUGUUGGAGAGACUCUUGAGCAGCGAGAAGCUGGAGAUACAAUGAAUGUAGUCUCUGAACAAACCAAAGCAAUAGCAGAGAAGGUGAAAGACUGGAGUAAUAUUGUUGUGGCAUAUGAGCCUGUUUGGGCCAUUGGCACUGGAAGAGUCGCAACCCCAGCCCAGGCUCAGGAGGUUCACUCAGAAUUAAGGAAUUGGCUUAAAGUAAAUGUUAGUCCUGAAGUAGCAGAAUCAACCCGGAUUAUCUAUGGGGGUUCUGUGAAUGCUGGAAAUUGUGUUGAGCUGGCACAACAGCCUGAUGUUGAUGGAUUUCUUGUUGGAGGAGCUUCUCUGAAGGCUGAAUUUGUGGAUAUCAUUAAGUCAGCAACUACCAAGCAAGGCUAAGUUUUAGGGCAAGCUAUAUAUAUUUUUCACAUUCAGUAUGUUAGUAGCAGUCUAUCAUUGUAAGACAUAAUAUUUGUCAUAAAGUUAGACGCUAAGGGCAUAUGCCACACGAUUCUGUUCUUAUGAUGUGGCAAAUAAUGUAAAGGGUCUAUUUUGUAUGGGCCCCAUACAUGCUAUCUCUUGCAAUGCAGUUUCCAAUGUAUGCUCUCAUUUUUGUCAAUGUUUUGCCUGAAGUAACAAAAACAUUACACGGUGAGUAGAUGUUUUCAACUUCUCAUUCAUGGAGAAUCAAAGUAACUAGAGGAAAAGAUUAUUUAUUUCAA